CGGGCAGCGGCGCGGAGCCGGGCCGGCGCCCCUUCCCCGCCGGCGGGCAUCGAGCCUGCCCUGAGCUGCUUCUCGGAGGGGAGCCGGCAGCGGGACCGCCGCCAUGGGGUCCGGAGGCGGGCUGGGGCUGGCGGCGGUGCUGGCGGCCGCCGUGCUGUGCGGGCCCGGGGGGCUCGCCGGGCGCGUCCUCAGCGGUCAAAAGGUGUGCUAUGGUGACUUCAAGCGUUCCUGUUACAAGUUAGCUUAUUUCCAGGACUUGUCUAGACGUGUGGGCUUUCAGGAGGCCCGUCAAGCUUGUGAAAUUGAUGGUGGGGCUUUACUGAGCUUGGAAAGUGAAGCUGAGCAGCAGCUAAUAGAAAGCAUGUUACAAAACCUCACUAAAUCAGGCUCUGGGAUUUCUGAUGGUGAUUUCUGGAUUGGGUUGUGGAGAAGUGGUGACGGACUAGCCACCUCAAGUGCUUGCCCUGACCUCUACCAGUGGGCUGAUGGAAGUAUUUCACCAUUCAGAAAUUGGUAUACAGAUGAGCCUUCCUGUGGAAGUGAAGCCUGUGUUGUGAUGUAUCAUCAGCCAACUGCAAACCCUGGUCUGGGAGGGCCAUACCUUUAUCAAUGGAAUGAUGAUAGAUGCAACAUGAAGCACAAUUUUAUCUGCAAGUAUGGCCCAGAUAAUGUCUUAGAAAAAGAAUUAGGAGACAGAGCAGAGCCAGAUUACGAUAUUUUUCCAACAGUGCCAGCAGGAAAUCCUUAUGACACAAGCAAACCAGAAGAUCAGUAUCAUGUUAUUGCUACUGAAACAGGUAUAAUUCCGAAUCUAAUUUAUGUCAUAAUACCCACUAUACCACUACUGCUGCUGAUACUGGUGGCUUUUGGGACUUGCUGUUUCCAGAUGCUUCAUAAAAGUAAAGGAAGAACAAAAACCAGUCCAAACCAGUCCACACUAUGGAUUUCAAAGACGCCUAGGAAGGACAGUAGCAUGGAGUGAUGUUGGCCUUUUGCAAGCAGGAAGCAUCUGAGAGAGAAAGCUGUUGUUUCCUCCUUUAUUCUUUUAACCUUUUUUGGGUGCAAGCAAGUGUAAGUCAUCAUCAAGCUUCCACCCUCUAUUUCAAAGCAUCUUGGAACUGUGAUUCAAUUGAAAAUAAACCAUGCUGCCUACAUGUUUUAACAUAGUAAUGACUGGUUUCUCCACAGGUUAAUAUGCAGGCAACUGAAAUAAUAGAUGCUGAAUGAAGGCUAGAAUGUGGUCGACUAAGGUUAUGUUAGUUUUAUCUAGACAUAAAUUCAUUGAAUAAAAUGUUUAUUUUUAAUUAUACUAGUCUAUAUUACAUGUAUGUUUCUAUACCAGAGUUUAUACUAGGAAAUUUUUUAGCCUGAUGGGAUGGUUUAUUAAUGUAUGCCUCACAAUACAUCUAUGCUUUGCAGUUUGGGAAGGAAAAAAUACACAUAAAUAAAAGUUUAUUACUGUAUUUCUGGGAAGCAUAUUUUUUAUAGUGACUGGAUCUGCUUUGAGUUGGGUCUUGUACUUCAUUAACAGACUGAAACACAGUUUACAAUAGUGAUGUAAGGUAAAGAAUGCA